AUGGCUUCCGCAGUGGCAAAGCGUCUCGAAGGCAAGACUAUCAUCGUUACCGGUGCCUCAUCUGGCAUUGGAAAGAGCACUGCCAAGGAAUUCGCCCGCACAUCGCCCAAGAACCUGAAGUUGAUCCUUACCGCGCGCCGCAUCGACACAUUGAAGGAGGUCGCGGCUGAGAUCACACAGGAGGUUGGCGACGGUGUCCAAGUUCUUCCCGUUAAGCUGGAUGUCAGCAACCCAGAGGAAGUCAGCAACUUUGUUUCCUCCCUGCCAGAGGAGUUCAGGGAGAUUGAUGUUCUUGUUAACAAUGCUGGCUUGGUCAAGGGUGUCGCACAGGCACCUGAAAUCGCUGCCGAGGAUAUCAAGGUCAUGUUUGACACCAACGUCACCGGUCUCAUUAACAUGACCCAGGCCAUCUUACCCAUCUUCAAGAAGCGCUCUGAGGGCGGCCGUGGUGAUAUUAUCAACAUUGGCAGUAUCGCUGGUCGCGAGCCUUACUCUGGCGGCAGCAUUUACUGCGCCACCAAGGCGGCUGUCCGCUCCUUCACUGACGCGUUGAGAAAGGAGCUCAUCGCCACGAGAAUUCGUGUUAUUGAAAUCGAUCCUGGUCAAGUUGAGACGGAGUUCUCCGUUGUGCGAUUUGGUGGAGACAAGGCCAAGGCUGAUGCCGUCUACAAGGGCGUCGAGCCAUUGACCGGUGAUGACAUCGCUGAGGUUGUUGUCUUUGCGGCUGGUCGUCGUGAGAAUGUUGUGAUCGCCGAUACCCUAGUCUUCCCUAGCCACCAAGCUGCGGCUGGUGUCAUGCACCGCAAGUCUUAA